AUGGAGUAUAGACUUCGCGCUCUCAAGGGCUAUGAGCCUGCUCAUGGCAAUGUCGACGUCGACUCCGCCGAGCCGUUGAAUCGUUCCCCGAACGAAUAUCAGCGCUACAAUCUUUUUUCUCCUGCAGAAUGGUUGAUAGAACUCAUCACUUCCCUUGCGGGCUUGCUGCUUCUCAUUGCAAUGGCUGCCGUUUUUUGGUCCAUGAAUGGCAAGCCGCUGUCGGCGUGGCCCGGCCCCGUCUCUCUCAACACGGUCGUCUCCAUCCUUUCCACGGCCUGCACUGCUGCUCUGAUGCACGGGGUCAGCGCCUUUAUUGGCCAGUUGAAGUGGCUGCAAUUUAAACAGGAGCCUCAGAAGCUUAGCCAUUUUGAAAAGUUUGAUGAAGCUAGUCGAGGGCCGUGGGGGUCUGCCGUGUUUUUAACCACGGUCAAGUGGAAUCUGGCUACCCUCGGUGCCGCUAUCACCAUACUUCGACUUGCGUUUGGACCACUCGCGCAACAAGUAGUUGGUAUCGAGCAGCGGAACGUCACAGCCUCGAACGACCAGAUUUCUUUUGGAUAUACCACAGUAUACAACCGCAACCUUGUGGGGCAAGGUAUAGGGAAUAGUGGUCUGUCUAGCCGGCCUCAAGAUGCAGCAAUGCAGUCCGCCAUCUUACAGGGCCUAUACAAUAUUACCGUCCCAGAAAUCUUCCGCUGCACUGGCUCGUGUCGCUGGAAAGGUUCGUAUGUUUCUCUCGGCUUCAAAACCGAUUGCAACAAUGUCACACAGGCAACCUUAAAUACAGCGUCCUGUGGCUCGGAACCUAACCUGCCCAGCUCAAACAACUGCAACAUGACGACUCCUGGAGGCAUUGAUAUCGCAACCAGAUUCAUAUUUACCCAGUCCGCCACCACGUAUUACAUGAAUACAACGUUCGACGACUCACUCUGGGACACGCCAAAAGGCCUUCCGCGAAUUCUUCAGACAGCAAUAUAUCGAGCGACUGUCGAUAGUAAUUUCAACUCGUCUCAUGUCAACGUCACAGAAUGCUCGCUAUCGCUUGCCGCGUACAGAUACACAAAUGCAUCUGCGGACGGCAAUGAAUUCUCCUUUGGCCAAGUCGAGGAAAUUGAUUUUGAGCUUGGAAGCUGGGGUGUUAGUGAUGGACCGCUGACAUUCCGAGUUAAUGCAUCGCAGACGCUGGAUACACCAACGAUGGAAAUUUCAAGCAUAGAUCUUGGAGCCUUGGCCAAUUUUUUUAGUAGCAAUGUUGUUGUGAGCCAGUGGGUUGCUGGGAAUUUCGAGAACCACGGGUUUGGAGUCAGCGCCGCGUUGAGCGGAGAUGUCGACAUUCCCGGCCGGUUCCAGAAAAUGGCAACUAGCAUGACGUCCUACCUGCGAUCACGACCAGAUUCCAAGCUGGCACUUGGCGAAACUUUGACACCUACACCUUUCGUCGUUAUCCACUGGCCGUUUAUGCUUGGGCCGGUCGUGAUUGAGGUGGCUGCCAUCUUGUUUGCCAUUUGCACCAUUAUUCAGAACCGAAGGAGCCGCAAGGUUCCACUGUGGAAGUCUUUGGCCCUUCCUGUUCUAGAGUGCCAGUAUGACGACCAAUUUGGCCUGAUCCACUCCGAGGUUAAGGACAUUAAGGAGAUGAAAAAGACGGCUGAGACAGCGACUGUGCGGCUCGAGUAGAGCGGCGGAGGGAGAAUAUUUAUUAGUUUAAUUAUAUUAUAUUAUCUCUUUCUUCUAUAUUUAGUAAGUGUAUAUCUAUUAGCUAAAAAUCGAAAGCGGCAAGUAGUUAAGAGUCGACGUGUUGUAAACGGGGUACUACUUUUUUGAUAGCUAUUUUAGAGAGUUGGUAUAGCUGGAUUUAGACAAGAAAAUGAUAGAGU